UAAAAAAAAUGUCUUGAUAUGACAUUAAGUCAAAUUUUUGAGAGAAAGGUACAACAUUUUGAAAUAAAAAAUCCCAGAUGAUGUGAUUUGAAGCUGUGAUUAUGAGGGAAAAGUACUAAGUAGAAGAAACGAUCAGAAAUAUGAGAUAUAAAGAAGGAACACGUUGGGUUAAAUUGUUCUGCUUAAGAUUCUGAACAAUUUAAACCUCAGUUAAAAAUGUAAUCCAUGAGAGAGUUGGUUAAGAACGUUAGGAAAGCUGAAAUCCAGCUAUAGAAGUUGCCACAUGGCGUAUUCAUUUCGGACUAAUUUGAGACCCUGCUUGCUGACUGUUUUAAAGAUUGAAGUUGAAACUAGUCAGUGAAAAUGUUCGAACAAAUGUAUGAUUGAUGGACCCUCUAUGCCAGGCUGUUGUUCACUUUGGAUUGUUUAGGAUAUCCCAAGAGUUCUUGUUUUAAUGAUGGAAAUGGUUGUGAUGAAUCAUGAAGAAUACUGUCUUUUUCUCUAAUGCUUGAAUUAUGGGGAGCCGGUGGACAGAGCAGCGAACUCACAAGUCCGAAGUGCCUUUGGACAUGUCUGCUCGGACACACACAACAAACCUGUGUGACGCACUGAGACCGCCUCCCCACUGGCAACUCCACAGACUGAAAGGAGGGCUAAAAUGUAUCAAAGGAUUCACUUGACACAACAUGGCAUACUGUGCACAUCAUAAAUGAAGCAGAAGCUUUUCCACAGAUGAUCCAUGUUGGCCUCUGCACUUAUUACUUAACCAAACGGGCAGAGCAAUGGAGCUGUGUCAUCGGCACUGGGUAGUCCUCAAGUUGAGGGCACCCUUUAUGGUUUUUUUAUGUUCCCAUUUUUUUAGUUCAGCCGUUGCACUGUUGUAGUCUUUUUGUGCUUGUGUCUCCAUUUGAUAUACAACAAGUAGAUUUUAUCAGCAAGGGAACACUGUUAUGAUUUCGUGCCCCUGCUUUGUGUUGACUUGCAUGCCACUUUUAUAUCAGUUAUUGCUGAAAUUUGUUGCAUCAGGAAGUUUUGACAGAGUGGUGUGUGAGCUUGUGCACGGACGCAGGUGGAAAGACCUUAACCUUUGGGCUCAUGUUGGACUGAUGGGAGCCUGUUACUGCCUCCAUGGUACCACUUCCUGCCACUGCACAGGUUGAUUUUUUGAUGAUUUUACAGCUCCUGAAGAAAUACUGUAUCUGUCUAUUGCGUUAUUGCUGCUACUAUCAGCAUGUCUGGGCUGUCUUCCCAGGUUGUCAUGUUAAUAAAUAUUAGUUUACUAAACAAAACUUGGACCUAGCUUUUUUUUAAUAUCCAAAUAGCAUCAAACAGAAGCAGAGUCAUUUCUGAAUGAUGCACUUUACUGUCCUCAGACAGACUGAGAGGCAGCAGUCUGCUUUCUGUGUAAUUACAUUCACCUUACAGACCUUUUUGUGUCCCCCCCUCUCUCUCCAAGGAGAUUAGCCACAAGUAAUUUGUCAAAAGUGAUAAGGUAGUGGUUGGUGCAAUUAAGAAAGCAUGACAUAAGCUGGGAUUUGGUGUGUAUAUAAAGUCAGCAGUAAAUGCAGGGCUGCUGUAUCUUUACAGAAUGGGUCAAGCUGCUACCUUACCCUGUAGGAAAGGGGAGUAUGUAACAGAGCUGUACGAGUGGUUCAGAACAUUUAUCGUUGAAUGUCCAAGCGGGCUGAUCACACUUCACGAGUUUCAACGGCAUUUCUGCAAUGGCACAGUGGGCAGUGAGUCAGCUGAGUAUGCAGAACAGUUAUUUCGCACGUUGGACAGUAACAGGGACGGGGUGGUUGACUUCAGAGAGUAUGUCAUGGCCAUAAGCAUGCUAAUCGAAGGUUCAGCUGUAGAAAAGCUGCAGUGGUCAUUCAAGCUCUAUGACAAAGAUGGGGACGGUUCCAUUACAAGGGAGGAGAUGCUGAACAUCAUGCAGACUGUUUAUAAGAUGAGUGUCACAGCGGCUCUAACUGAACCCAACCCACUGACGGCUGAAGAAUGUACCAACAGGAUAUUUGUGCGAUUAGAUAAAGACAAUAACGCCAUCAUCAGUCUGGACGAGUUCAUAGAGGGAGCACUAGAUGAUGAUUGGAUCAGGGACAUGCUGGAAUGUGACCCCAGCACUGUGAAGGUGGAGAGGCCCCUGAGGAGGGACACUGCUCUUGGGACCCAUGGUUGACCUGAAGUGGGGUAUUCUUUUCACUGGGAGCCAAGGAAUGAACCAAUCGAUGUUUGGCUUGAAAUUUCCAGGAAUGGUUGCAACAGCACAGCUUCCAUUCGCUGAGACGAAUUAUAUCACGGCCUGUUGAGUGACUUUGAAGUCGACACCGAGAGCACUGAAAAAUGAAUUACUAGUCUCAGUGAUUUGCCUUAAUGUAAUGAGGAACUCAUUAUGUGAUAUUCUAUUCUGUUUUAUUGGUACUCUAAUACCAUCAUUUGAUAUAACUUUGAUAAUUUCUAUUUUUGCCUGACUGAAUCUCCUCACAGAAUAACUCUUGAUUAAAUGACUAAUGAUUAA